AUGCGUUUCACCUCCCUCCUAGUCGCUGCUACCGCGACAUUCACGCAAUGUCUCGCUGCGAGCUAUGGAAGCUAUGGUGAAGUCCCUGCUAUUCGCACAUACUUCAUGGUCGGUGGAGGUUAUGCAGAUGAUGGUGCAGGCGGAGAGAUCUUCCGUGAUCAGAUGUACGUGGAGAGACUGGUCCCUACCAAGGGACCAUACAAGUCUACGCCUCUCGUAUUCAUCCACGGACAGGCCCAAACAGGAACCAAUUUCCUAAAUAAGCCUGACGGAGGCCGUGGUUGGGCGAGCCAGUUCAUCAACCAGGGCUACGAAGUUUAUAUCGUCGAUCAGACCUUCCGAGGACGAUCGGCAUGGGCGCCCCUCGCCGGUGCUACCAAGCCCUCCACAUACUCGGCCCAGAUCAUCGAGCAGCGCUUCACUGCCGUGCAGGAGUUCAACCUGUGGCCCCAGUCUCAGAAGCACACCCAGUGGCCUGGUACCGGCAAGCGAGGAGACCCUGUCUUUGACGCCUUCUAUGCUUCCAACGUCCAGUUCAUCAACAACGCCACAUACCAGCAGGAGACCGUCCAGGCUGCUGGUGCUGCCCUUCUUGACAAGAUUGGCAAGCCUGUUAUCCUCCUUGGUCACAGCCAAGGUGGUAUGAUGCCCAUUCUUGUCGCUGAUGCCCGCCCCAAGCUCACCAAGGGCCUCAUCCUUCUUGAGCCCUCUGGCCCUCCCUUCCGAGACGCCGUCUUCAGCACCAAGGCCUCUCGCGCCUACGGUCUGACUGACAUUCCCCUCGUCUACAGCCCUGCCGUCACCGACCCCUCCACCGAUCUCGUCCAAGAGGUCCAGCCCAGCCGUGGCAAGGACUUUGUCGAGUGUAUCCUCCAAGCCAAGAAGCCUGCCCCUCGCCGUCUCGUCAACCUUGCCAAGAAGCCCAUCCUCCUCAUCACCUCUGAGGCUUCUUAUCACAUGCCUUAUGACUACUGCAUUGCUCGUUACCUCAAGCAGGCAGGUUGCUCCAAGACCAAGCACAUCGAGCUUGGUGAGGUUGGCAUCCACGGCAAUGGACACAUGAUGUUUAUGGAGAAGAACAGUGAUCAGAUCCAGGCUCUUGUCGAGCGCUGGGUGCGAUCAACAUAA